GAAGGAGAAGAGAAUAAAAAGAAGAAUCAAAGAGUCCUAAUUUGCAGGCUGUCCCUGUGAUCAAUUCUUCUCUCUCUCAGGAGGUAGAGAGAGAGAGAAUCGAGGAGUGGAAACCACGUAUUCCAAUUCCUGCUAGACAGACACAGAUUUCUCAGCGCUAAAAAUGGGGACGCUACAGACUUGGAGAAAAGCCUAUGGCGCCUUCAAAGACACCACCACAGUCGGCCUCGCCCAUGUCAACAGCGAUUACGCGGACUUGGAUGUGGCCAUAGUCAAAGCUACGAACCACGUGGAGUGCCCACCCAAAGAGAGACACCUCAGGAAGAUUUUGGUUGCCACGUCCGCGAUUCGACCCCGUGCCGACGUUGCUUACUGCAUUCGUGCACUUUCCCGUCGAUUGGCAAAGACGCGUAACUGGACGGUGGCAUUGAAAACACUGAUAGUCUUCCAUAGACUAUCAAGGGAGGGCGAUCCUAUUUUAAGGGAAGAACUUGUGAAUUUUUCAGAGAGAGGGUGCAUACUCCAGCUUUCUAAUUUCAAGGACGAUUCAAGUCCAAUUGCUUGGGAUUGCUCUGCCUGGGUACGCACUUAUGCAUUGUUUUUGGAGGAACGACUUGAAUGUUAUAGAGUUCUUAAGUAUGAUAUCGAAGCUCAACGUCUACCAAGACCUUCCCAAGGGCAGGACAAGCAGGGCUACAGCAGAACUAGGGAUUUGGACAGUGAAGAUCUUUUGGAGCAAUUACCAGCUUUACAGCAACUGCUGUAUCGUCUUCUUGGUUGCAGGCCAGAAGGAGCAGCUGUUGGUAAUUAUAUUAUACAAUAUGCUCUGGCUUUGGUACUGAAAGAGAGUUUUAAAAUUUACUGUGCAAUUAAUGAUGGGAUCAUCAAUCUUAUUGAUAAGUUUUUUGAAAUGCCACGACAUGAAGCUGCCACAGCCUUUGAUGUUUAUAAACGAGCUGGCCAGCAGGCAUCAAGCCUUUCUGACUUCUACACCAUUUGCAAAGGAUUGGAACUUGCUAGGAACUUCCAGUUUCCUGUUCUUAGAGAGCCUCCACAAUCCUUUCUUACAACCAUGGAAGAGUAUAUAAGAGAGGCACCCCGGGUGGUGACUGUUCCAAAUGAGCCAUUGCUUCAAUUGACAUACAGACCAGAAGAAGACUCUUUUGAAGAGACAAAAAUAUCCAGUGAUGAACCUGAGCCAGCUGCUUCAUUUAAUGCUGCUGUACCUAAUGUUGAGAUUACCCAGACAAUGACUCCUCAAAAAAACUUCGAAACUGGUGAUCUACUGGGAUUGGAUUAUAACACUGCUGAUACAUCCACAAUCGAAGACAGAAAUGCUUUGGCCCUAGCCAUAGUUCCGUCAGAUCCUGGCACUGCCCCAACAUUUGACUCUAAUGUUGUUCAAGCAAAAGAUUUUGAUGCUACUGGAUGGGAACUUGCUCUGGUCACCACUCCAAGCAGCAACAUUUCAUCAGUUAAUGAGAGGCAAUUGGCUGGUGGAUUGGACACCCUCAUUCUAAACAGCUUGUAUGAUGAAGGAGCAUAUAGAGCUGCGCAACAGCCUGUUUAUGGAGCACCAACCCCAAAUCCAUUCGAGGUACAAGAUCCUUUUGCUCUGUCAAGUAGUAUUGCUCCACCCCCUGCAGUUCAGAUGGGAACGAUGGCUCAACAUCAGGCCAACCCCUUUGGUCCGUACCAACCUACCUUUCAGCAGCAGCCUCCACAGCACAUAGUGAUGGCCUCAACUAAUCCUUUUGGUGAUGCAGCAUUUGGUGCAUUUCCUGUGAAUUCUGUUGCUCACCCACAAACUAGUAACCCAUUUGGAACCACUGGCCUGAUAUAAAAACAAUAUUUGAACAUAAAAAGAAUGGUAUGUUUGUCAGUGAAGCUGGGUUUCUAUUUGGAUAUGUGUGCAGCAGUCUGCGUAGGAUGUUUGCCCCACAGCCACAGGAGAAGUUUUGUUAGGGUGUGAAUAGCCAAAUACAUAAUCAUUAGUUGAUACAAUUGACAUUUUUUGAAGUGAUGUUGGCGGUAUUUUAACUCAUUUAUUCUUUUCGGGAAUCAAAGAUAUUGAUAUCCCUAA